UCGGCUGUGAUUGGCUUAAGCACCGCCCCACACUCAGUUGGCGAACCAGGAACCGGUGUGUGCCAAAUCGGUAGUGGCCUGGUGACUUAAUUGGCGUAAAAUGGCGCUGUCUCAAGGAACCAAAAGAAAAGUUUGCUAUUACUAUGACGGUGAUGUGGGUAACUACUACUAUGGCCAGGGCCAUCCAAUGAAGCCUCACAGGAUCCGCAUGACGCACAACCUCCUCCUCAACUAUGGCCUCUACAGGAAGAUGGAGAUCUACAGGCCACACAAAGCCAGUGGCGAGGAGAUGACCAAAUACCACAGUGACGAUUACAUCAAGUUUCUCCGAUCCAUCCGACCGGACAACAUGUCGGAACACAGCAAACAGAUGCAGAGAUUCAAUGUCGGGGAGGAUUGUCCGGUGUUUGAUGGCCUGUUUGAGUUCUGCCAGCUCUCUGCAGGCGGCUCCGUGGCUGGUGCGGUGAAGCUAAACAAACAGCAGACUGACAUCGCCGUCAACUGGGCGGGAGGACUCCAUCACGCCAAAAAAUCGGAAGCGUCUGGUUUCUGCUACGUCAACGACAUCGUCCUCGCCAUCCUGGAAUUGCUCAAGUACCACCAGCGAGUGUUGUACAUUGACAUUGACAUUCAUCAUGGUGACGGCGUGGAGGAGGCCUUCUAUACCACAGACAGAGUCAUGACCGUUUCCUUCCACAAGUACGGCGAGUACUUCCCAGGCACUGGAGAUCUGAGAGACAUCGGCGCCGGGAAAGGGAAGUACUAUGCUGUGAACUACCCUCUCAGAGACGGCAUCGAUGAUGAGUCUUACGAAGCCAUCUUUAAACCUGUUAUGGCUAAAGUGAUGGAGAUGUAUCAGCCAAGUGCUGUGGUGUUGCAGUGUGGAGCUGACUCGCUAUCAGGAGACAGACUGGGCUGCUUCAACCUCACCAUUAAAGGUCACGCUAAGUGUGUGGAAUACAUGAAAAGCUUCAACCUCCCGCUGCUGAUGUUGGGUGGCGGUGGCUACACCAUCCGCAACGUGGCCCGCUGCUGGACCUAUGAGACCGCCGUGGCGCUGGACUGUCCCAUCCCCAACGAGCUGCCCUACAACGACUACUUUGAGUACUUUGGGCCCGAUUUCAAGCUCCACAUCAGCCCGUCCAACAUGAGCAACCAGAACACCAACGAGUACCUGGAGAAGAUCAAGCAGCGUCUCUUUGAGAACCUGCGCAUGCUGCCGCAUGCCCCCGGUGUACAAAUGCAGGCCAUUCCGGAGGAUGCUCCUCACCCGGACAGCGGGGACGAGGAAGAAGAGGACCCCGACAAACGUGUUUCCAUCCGUGCUCAUGACAAGAGGAUAGCCUGUGACGAGGAGUUCUCCGACUCAGAGGACGAGGCCGAGGGCCAGGGUGGUAGCCGCCGGAAUUCAGCCAAUCACAAGAAGGCCAAACGAGUGAAAAAGGAUGAGGAGCAGGAAGGGGAGGAAAAAAAAGAUGUGAAGGACAAGAUGGAUAUAUCGUUACCAAAAGAUGAUGUGAAGAUGACCUGAAGUGAUGUUUGGUCACUGCUUGUCUUUCCUGCUGCAUGGAGCCUACUUUCCUGCUUUUAUUGGUGAGCUGCUAACCUUACAAACCUUGUCUCUACUUGAACAAUACUUCUAAACUUUGCUUCCACAAGUUUAUGUGGGGUCUUAAGCUCCACCCGGACAAUGCUCCCUACAGUAUGAAACAAACACACCUGUCAUGUAAACAAGAUAAUCAUCCAUGCUUUUUAAUGGGGCCCAAGCUCAGUAGAUCACCAGUAUUCCAUUUUACUAAGUUAUUUUUAUUAUCCAUGUCUUCUUAAAUUGUUGUAUUGUGUGUAUGUCACCUUCAGUAGCAUUAUUUUAUCAUUAAUAAACUUAAUGGAGUAUAUUUAUGUUGCAUCUUUAAAUAGUUCACUGCACUUUUGUAGCCAAACAGGUUUGAUUUUUUUUGUCCCAUUGUUUUUUUUCAUGUCCAAUUCUUUCACAGCUGUAUGAACAUUCCAAAAGCCAAACUGGACAUGAAAACAUUUUAGAUUUAUAUUAUACUUUCUUUGCUCAAAUCUCUCAACCUCAACACAGAUGAUGUUUUGUUGUAAUCCUCUGAAGGCUUUUUGACUUUGUAUGGUCGAUCAAGUGUCAGUUGUCACUUAUAAACCUGCAAAACAUGAAAUACUUUACCAAUUUAAACCUGUGAUUAAUUUAUUUGAUCAAAA